AUGGAAGGAAUUGUUAAGCUGGCGUUUGUUUUCCAAGCUGUGCUGAUACUCCAGAUCUUUUUUCCUGCCCGACCGGAUGCCACAUUGGAAUUCCGUUGCCAGAGCUUCAAAAAACUAGGCAGCGAGUGCUGUGAUGGAACAUUUUUCUGCACUAGUGAGUGCGAUGCUGAAUUCCUGGUAUGCUUAGACAGCGACUACUCGUCUGGGUCCACAGACUUCAACGUUUGCGGACUGGGACGCAUUGAUACCGAUGUCGUGUUCGACGACAAGGACACGUUUGACUUCCCAGCAGUGAUACCGAAUAAUAUAGACAAUCCACAAAUCAAUGCAAAUGUUAACUGGAAGGGUGGAAUGAGGGUCAAAUAUCGAGCAACGGACGAUGAUCUAUUCGGCAGUGACCAGAUUGAUGAGGAUUUUCAGUCAAUCACAGUUGGUGCUGCGUCAUCAGUUAGCAGCGCAGUCUGGCACGAUUACACUCUCAAAGCCUCUAAUUCCGAGUUUCUGUACAAACUACGAAUUUACUGCAACAAGGAUUACUACUCGUCAGACUGCAGUGUGAAGUGUGUACCACGUGAUGAUGACAAAGGUCAUUAUAACUGCAACCAGACAACAGGUGCAAUGGUCUGCCACGCCGGCUGGCAAGGAACGGACUGUGAUGUGGAUGUGGACGAGUGCGCAUCCGGCCCAUGCCAACACGGAGGAACGUGCCAGAAUGAACUGAACAGGUUUACUUGCACCUGCGCAGACGGCUGGUCGGGUUCGGAGUGUGAGAUCGAUGUUAACGAGUGCGAGUCGACACCGUGCAAAAAUGGCGCCACUUGCAACGACUUCAUCGACUACUUUAACUGCUCUUGUGUCCCUGGGUAUGUGUACGCCGACGAGCUAUGUGAGAUAGACGACUGCGCUUUCAACCCCUGUCUCAACGGCUCAACCUGCAACGAUCUCCCUGGCAACUUCUCCUGCACCUGCACCCCUGGCUUUGAGUGUUUGUGUGUGGACGGCUAUUAUGGCGACUUCUGCGAGGUGGAUAUAGAUUACUGCAUCAACCAAACCUGCGCAAACAACGGCACGUGCGUGGAUCGACUAGACGGGUUUCACUGUCUGUGUGAGAGGGGCUACGAAGGCCCCAUGUGCGAAACGAAUAUCGAUGACUGUGCUAGCAAUCCCUGUAUGUACAACUCAACUUGUCACGACAUGGUAGCGGAAUACAUAUGCCUCUGCCAGGAUGGUUACGAGGGCGUCAACUGCCAUCAUGAGACAGACGAGUGUCUGGGCAACCCGUGCAUGAAUAACGCCACGUGCGUAGAUAGCAUCGCUAUGUUUAGCUGCCAGUGCCUGCCCGGCUACCAAGGUGUGAUUUGCGACAUCAACACGGAUGAAUGCGCCAGCCAUCCGUGUUAUGGUAACGAAACCUGUGUGGAUCUCAUCGAUGGGUACAGGUGUAAUAACAUAAAUGAGUGCGACAGCUCACCGUGUGUCAACGGCACGUGUGUCGAUCUUGUGAAUGAGUUUACCUGCCACUGUAGCCCUGGCUUCGACGGGCCCUUGUGUGAUGUCGACACAAACGAGUGCAUCAGCGCACCGUGCUGGUACGGCACGUGUGUGGACGAGGUGAACGGGUUCUCGUGCCUUUGCACAGUCGGGUACGAGGGAUCCGUGUGCCAGUUCGAGAUCGACGAGUGCGAGUCUUCCCCGUGCCUGAUGAACGGAACGUGUCUGGAUCUGAUCGACGCCUUCUCCUGCCACUGUCCGCAUGGCUACGAAGGCGUGCACUGCGAAUCCGAGACGGACGAGUGCGCCAGCUCCCCGUGCGUAUACGGCGAUUGCGUAGACCUGCCUAAUGCGUUCUCCUGUGAGUGCAGUCCGGGAUAUGAGGGAAUCCUUUGCGAUCAAAAUACGGACGAAUGCGCAUCGGCGCCGUGUCUGCAUGGCAAAUGUGUCGAUGAGGUCAACGGCUACAAGUGUCUUUGUGAGGUCGAGUGCGUGAACGGGGAGUGUGACAACGGUUUGUGUAAGUGUAAUACUGGGUACGAGGGUGAUGACUGCAGUGUUCAGAUAGACUACUGCCUCAGCUCACCCUGCAACAGAGGAACCUGCAUCCCCCUUCUGAAUGCGUACAGAUGUGAAUGCGACGAGCUGCAUACUGGUACCCACUGCACGGACACCAUCGCGGAUCCCUGUUCCCUGUCUCCGUGUCAGAAUGGCGAAUGUGUGCCCUCCAGUGCGGUCACUGACGGGUACACUUGCACCUGCGAUGAGGGUUACUACGGGCCCACCUGCAACAUCGAUUUACUGGAGUACGGUAGCGUCAUCAUGCUGGUAGGAAAGAUUACCGACACUAGGGAUUUGGAGUUCAGAAUGGCAGCACUCCUCGGUAAACUGAUGGCCACAGAUAGAAGGAGGGCCAGCACAUAUUUCACGGUGGACAUUGUGAAAACAGAAGACUAUGCCAAAUCUGACUCUGGAGAGACACUGACUAGAGUGACCUACGUGUCGGAGACAACAACCGGCUACCUCCCUAAGAGUCAGGUUGAGAAAACGAUUGAAGACACUUCUCCUAGCACGCUGAAGAAGGAACUUGGAUAUGAUGUGUACACUGGCAAGGCCGAGCCACGCCCACCAGCGGAAGACAAUCCGGACUGGAUAGCUACCAAUUGGUACAUUCUUGUGAUUGCUGGUGUGGUAGUUGUGGCAGUGGCGUCAGUUACUGGUAUCGUAAUAUGGCAGAAACGACGUCCAUCGUCUUCACGUGGCAGCGACGAUACCGGCUUGGUCGGGGGAGGGCAGCAGACCGUCAAGAAAACCCUCAGGAGAUUCUCAAGGAGCAAUCAUUUCACCCGGAUGGUCGGGGACGAUGCCGGUCAGCUCACGGGCACGCGAGUCGAGAACCCCCUGUACGACCCGGGGGACGACGAGGGCUUCGCCGAUGAGUACGGGGGAAUGGAAUUUGUAUUCAAGGUCAAUGAUGCGGCGACUCAUGGCUUUGACUGUUAA